AUGGCGAUUCAGGCCGAGUAUGCUACGCAAAGCCACUUGAUCCCUCAGGCCGCAUCUAUCGUUGGUCUCGCCGGCGCCAUCUUUAUUAACUCGCUCGACCACGACCUCUCUACUCUACCCUCUUCCAUCGCCCUUACUCCUGACCAAAUGGCGCACAUUCGCGACUCGGUACAAUACGUAUGGGCCGAAGAAAUGUCACAAGCGUUGACGAACGAGCAAAGGACGCAGAUCGUAGAGAUAUUUGUGGACUCGUGCGCUUUUGGUGCGGAAUUGGAACGUGAGGAAGAGGGAACAAGGAAUUUGGUGUUGGCGGGCUCCAGCGCUACGAGGCAGGAGCUGUCUGGAAGGGGUGAGCUGUGGUGGCGCGAAGUGGCUGGACCUCUCAAGCCUACUGGCUAA